AUGCGCUGCCGGCAUGGAAGCAUCCUUGUGAAUAUUUGUGGAAUUCAGCAUCUUGAGCGAGCAGGAAAGAAACUGACUCUCUUUGACUCCCUUUAUUUCUGCAUUGUGACCUUUUCUACUGUGGGCUUUGGGGAUGUCACACCUGAGACAGCGCUCUCCAAGCUUUUCGUUGUCAUUAUGAUCUGUGUUGCUCUUGUAGUCUUACCCAUACAGUUUGAACAGCUGGCCUUUUUGUGGAUGGAGAGACAGAAGUCUGGUGGAAACUACAGUCGUCACAGAGCUCAGACAGAGAAGCAUGUUGUUCUGUGUGUUAGCUCCCUGAAGAUUGAUUUACUUAUGGAUUUUUUAAAUGAGUUCUAUGCUCAUCCAAGACUACAGGAUUAUUAUGUGGUAAUUUUAUGUCCAACUGAAAUAGAUAUUCAGGUUCGAAGAGUCCUUCAGAUUCCAAUGUGGUCCCAAAGAGUCAUUUACCUACAAGGUUCAGCCCUGAAAGAUCAGGAUCUAUUGAGAGCAAAGAUGGAUGACGCUGAGGCUUGUUUCAUCCUAAGUAGUCGGUGUGAAGUCGACCGGACAUCAUCAGAUCACCAAACAAUUCUGAGAGCAUGGGCAGUUAAAGAUUUUGCUCCAAAUUGUCCUUUGUAUGUCCAGAUAUUGAAGCCUGAAAAUAAAUUCCACAUCAAAUUUGCUGAUCAUGUUGUCUGUGAAGAGGAGUUUAAGUAUGCCAUGUUAGCUUUAAACUGCAUAUGCCCAGCAACUUCUACCCUUAUCACACUGUUGGUCCAUACCUCUAGAGGACAAGAGGGCCAGCAGUCACCUGAACAGUGGCAGAAGAUGUAUGGAAGAUGCUCUGGUAAUGAAGUGUACCACAUUAUCAUGGAAGAAAGUACAUUUUUUGCUGAAUAUGAGGGAAAGAGUUUCACAUAUGCCUCUUUCCAUGCACACAAAAAGUUUGGAGUCUGCUUGAUUGGUGUUAGGAGGGAAGAUAAUAAAAACAUUUUGCUAAAUCCAGGUCCACGUUACAUUAUGAAUGCUACAGACACAUGCUUUUACAUUAAUAUCACCAAAGAAGAAAAUUCAGCAUUUAAGAAUCAAGACCAGUUAAGAAGAAACAAUGCAUCAAGGUCAUUUUAUCAUGGACCUUCCAGAUUACCAGUACAUAGUAUAAUUGCCAGUAUGGGUACUGUGGCUAUUGACUUACAAGAUACCAGCUGUAGAUCUGCAAGUGGCCCUAACUUGGCUCUUCCUCCAGAGGGGUGCAAAGACACCAGAAGACCUAGUAUAGCUCCUGUUUUGGAGGUUGCAGACACAUCAUCAAUUCAAACAUGUGACCUUCUAAGUGAUCAGUCUGAAGAUGAAACAACACCAGAUGAAGACAUUUCUACCAAUUUAGAGUAUGCUAAAGGCUACCCCCCUUACUCUCCAUAUAUAGGAAGUUCUCCCACUUUUUGUCAUCUCCUUCAUGAAAAAAUUCCAGUUUGCUGUCUAAGAUUAGACAAGAGUUGCCAACAUAACUAUUAUGAGGAUGCAAAAGCUUAUGGAUUCAAAAAUAAACUAAUUAUUGUUGCAGCUGAAACUGCUGGAAAUGGAUUGUAUAAUUUUAUUGUUCCUCUCAGGGCAUAUUAUAGACCAAAGAAAGAACUUAAUCCCAUAGUCUUGCUAUUGGAUAAUCCCUUAGAUGACUUGCUUAGGUGUGGAGUGACCUUUGCUGCUAACAUGGUGGUUGUGGAUAAAGAGAGUACUAUGAGUGCGGAGGAAGACUACAUGGCAGAUGCCAAAACUAUUGUAAAUGUGCAAACUCUCUUCAGGUUGUUCUCAAGUCUAAGUAUUAUCACAGAACUCACUCAUCCAGCCAACAUGAGAUUUAUGCAAUUCCGGGCCAAAGACUGUUACUCUCUUGCUCUUUCCAAACUGGAAAAGAAAGAACGAGAGAGAGGUUCUAAUUUGGCAUUUAUGUUUCGACUGCCUUUUGCUGCUGGGAGAGUUUUUAGCAUCAGUAUGUUGGAUACACUUUUGUAUCAGUCAUUUGUGAAGGAUUAUAUGAUUUCCAUCACCAGACUUCUGUUGGGGUUGGAUACCACACCAGGAUCAGGAUUUCUUUGUUCUAUGAAAAUCACGGAGGAUGAUCUGUGGAUCAGAACAUAUGCCAGACUUUACCAGAAGCUGUGUUCUUCUACAGGUGAUAUCCCCAUUGGAAUCUACAGGACUGAAUCACAAAAACUUCGAACAUCUGAGUCUCGAGAAACUGCAUCACAAUCACAAAUAUCAAUCAGUGUAGAAGACUGGGAAGACACCAAAGACACCAAAGAACAAAGUCACCACCGCAACAACCACCGCAAUUCAACAUCUAGUGACCAAUCCGAUCACCCGUUGCUGAGGCGAAAGAGUAUGCAGUGGGCACGUCGGCUCAGUAGAAAAGUGCCGAAGCACUCUGGUAAAACAGCUGAAAAAAUAAGCCAACAGCGACUGAACCUGUAUAGGAGAUCAGAACGACAGGAACUUGCUGAACUAGUGAAAAACAGAAUGAAGCACCUGGGUCUCACUACAGUGGGUUAUGAUGAAAUGAAUGAUCGUCAAGGCACCCUUUCAUACAUUCUGAUCAAUCCUUCUCCUGACACAAGACUGGAAGUUAAUGAUGUCGUGUAUUUAAUUCGACCAGAUCCCUUGGCAUACCUUCCAAACAGUGCACCCAGCCGAAAAAGUAGCAUCUGUAAUACCACUGGACCUGACACUCGAGAAGAAACACAGCUUUGAUACACUUCAUAAUAAAAAAAAAAAACACUAUUUUUCUACAGAGUACCUUGAUUCCAUCAAUACUACUUCUACAGAAAAAAAUGCUGCUGGCAUGAAAUAAAUAGGGUAGAAUAUAAUUUAUUCUAUUCUAUUAACAAAACCCACCGUGAAUCUUAGAUUAUUUUGAAAGUUAUGUUCCAGUUAUCAAUUCCAUUUUUUCCAAUGGAUAUUUAAAAAACAUUAAUGGAGUGACUCUGAAGAGCAAGAUUAAGAUACAAGAACAAAUAUGAAAUUUAUCAAGGCUUCAAUAUUGGUCCUGACAAAUACAAGCAACUAAAAAAAAACAAAGUGUAAUGGAAGGAAACAGAAAGUCAAAAUACCUAACAUACUACACAUAGUAAAUUAUUGCUGCUUAAAAAGGCAUUAAAUGUACCAAGAUAUGUUCUUUAAAUCCACUAUCUCACAAAAAAGAAAAUUUCCCAGCAAUGUCUGUUGCCUACAAACCCAGAAGCAAACUAUGUUGUGUGUGAUUGUUGUUAUCAGAAUCAUAGCUUCAGUUAGAAUACUUAUCUUCAUAGCUUUUUUUGUCUGUCUUUUCCCAUGACAAUAUAUUCAUUUUGGAAUUGCACUAAAACUCUCUGCAGCAUGCCUUAUUGCUCACAUAAAGAAGCCAGGGGACAAAGAAAAAGGAAAGGAAACAUGACAUACGUGACUUUUCUUUUUAUAAUUGUGUUAAGACACAUUUACAUAUGCCAAGAAAACAAAGAUUGAGCAGAAAAAUAAAAUUCUGGAUGGCCACAUAUGGAACCUUAGAGUGGAAAUGUUAGGCUAGCUUUCUGACAGUAUACUAAACUUAUCUUCAUUUGGCUUUUGUGCUUCAGAAUUCUUCAUCUGUCUGCAUAUAAUUCGUUAGAAAGAAGUAGAUUGAAAUUUAAAGAGCAAAUGCAGAAUUAUU